UUAUCGAUAGGUCGAUUGCCAUUAACGCAAGCGUCGUGAAAAAAGCCACAAAAAAUAAAUACAGACAAGACAGGCAUUUCGAGAACUUUUGCAAGAAAUCAAGCUGAAAAGUAGUCCGACGCUCCAAGAUGAAUGGAGGCAACAUGAUAUAUGGCGGCGACGAAAUUGGAGCCUUAGUUUUCGAUCCAGGGCACCAUUCGUUGCGUGUGGGCUACGCGCAAGAGGAUUCGCCGAAGGCUGAGAUACCCUCUGUUGUCGGCAUUGGAGCAUCCCCAACUCCGGAUACGAAUCUUGAUCCAGAUACCAAAACUGACAACAAUGUGACGCCCAACAAUGCCGACUCGCGCAAGUACUAUGUAGACACAAACUAUGUAAAUGUUCCCCGCUCCCAAAUGGAAGUUCAGUAUUAUAUGAAGGAUGGCAUGAUCGACAACUGGGAGCUCUUCGAGAAGGUGAUUGACUAUGCCUACGCAAAUGUCAUUCAAUCGGAGCCGGAGUACCAUCCCGUGCUCUUCUCAGAGGCGUCCUGGAACGUGCGCAACAACCGCGAGAAGCUCACCGAGCUGAUGUUUGAGAAGUACAAUGUGCCAGCAUUCUUCUUGGUUAAAAAUGCCGUACUGGCGGCAUUCUCCAGCGGCCGUGCCACAGCGCUUGUGGUGGAUAGCGGUGCAACGCAUACUUCGGCCGUGCCCGUGCACGAGGGGUAUGUUCUCUCGCAGGCGGUAGUCAAGUCCCCCCUGGGCGGUGACUUCCUCUCCCGCCAAUGCAGGCAGCAUUUGGAUAAAACAUAAUAUCGACCUGUCCCCGGUGUAUAAAAUCGCCUCGAAGGAUGUAGUCAAGGAUCGGACAAUGCUCGCUUCACGCUGCGGAAACUACCCGAAAAUCUCACACAGUCGUGGCAGAACUACAUGACUCAGCUAAUGUUGCAGGACUUCCAG